GUGUAUAUUAUUAGUAGAUGGUGUAUAUUGGUUUAUAUUAAUGGCAGAUGGUGUAUAUUGGUUUAUAUUAAUAGUAGAUGGUGUAGAUUGGUGUAUAUUAAAGGUAGUGGUGUAGAUUGGUGUAUAUUAUUAGUAGAUGGUGUAUAUUGGUUUAUAUUAAAGGUAGAUGGUGUAUAUUGGUUUAUUUUAAUUUUAAAUGGUGUAUAUUGGUGUAUAUUAAUGGUAGAUGGUGUAUAUUGGUGUAUAUUAAUAAUAGAUGUUGUAGAGUGGUGUUUAUUAAUAGAAGAUGAUGUUGAGUGGUGUAUAUUAAUAUGA